AAAUGUCAAACUAUGUAUUAUUAUUCUGUGCUCAAGAGUAACCUAAAAUUUACCCAAAUGUUCCUAGUUUAAGUUUUAAAAUGCAACUUUUAUUAUAAAUUGUAGCAAUGUUAUUAAUGGUCAAUAAAUUAUCCAAGAAUCUACAUAAAAUAUUGAAAGAAAAAUAUGUAAUUAUCCGGCAAUGCAGUGACCAAAAGCCGUAUAAACUGCUGUUCUUCGGUUCUGAUAAUAUUUCAUUCACAAGUUUCCAAAAAGUUAAUGAAUUCAGCAAAUUAGAAAAAUCUAUAGAUUGCAUAGACCUUGUGAUUACCAAUACUAAUACAAAAAAUAAAACACAAAUAGAAAAAUAUGCACAAGAAGAGAAUAUUAAGACGAUUUUGUGGCCAUUUUCACACUUACAAGCUGGUGAAUAUGAUUUGGGGCUUAUUGUUGCCUUUGGUCACCUCAUAAAGGCAGAUUUGUUAAAUAAAUUUCCAUUAGGCAUGGUAAAUGUUCAUCCCAGUUUACUGCCACGAUGGCGAGGUGCUGCUCCAAUUAUUCACACUCUACUGCAUGGGGAUGAAAUCACUGGAGUAACACUCAUGAAAAUAAAAGCAGACAUAUUUGAUGUAGGUGAGAUAAUCAGUCAAUGUAAGGUUCCAGUAUCAAAAGAUAUAAAAUUACCAGAACUGACUGAGCAACUAUCAAACAUUGGUGCUGAUAUGCUUGUACAAUGUUUAAAAACAUUACCAGACAGCAUUAACAAUGCCUACCCACAAAACAAUGAGGGAGUUACUUAUGCAAAGAAAAUAAACAAGAAUAUUAGUGAAGUAAGAUGGCACGACAUGACUGCCAGGGAUGUAUAUAACUUACAUAGAGCGAUAUACGGAUUGUAUCCACUUUCAACUAAAUUUAGAGACAAACACUUGAAAUUGUUUGAUGCAUUUAUACAUAAUCCUGACGAAGUUGAUAACAAUAACCCUAUAGGAUAUCUAGAAUAUUGCAAUAAAACUGAUGCAAUAAGAGUACUGUGUAAAGACAAAAGAUAUGUUUACUUUAAAUCCCUUAGAAUUGUUGGCAAGAGGCAAAUAGAGGCCAUAGAUUUUUAUAAUGGUUACAUAAAAAAUAUGGCAAUUAAAGAUAGAAAUGGUCUAGUCGUUAGAAAUUAAUCGAAUUAAAUAAUUUCAAAGUUA